UUUUAUAUGUGAAAAAUAAGAAAAUUUAGGAAUAUAAAGAUAUUCCGCACAUUGCGAAUUUAAUGAUAGAAUAUAUAUGUAUUUUUAUAUGUACUAUAUGUACAUAAUGAUCGAAUUGCAAGUGUCAAAGAUAUACAUAUGUAUGUGAACAAAAAUAGACCACAAGAAUGUGCAUCACGAACUUUUCGUUCAAUUGGCUAGUUACGACUUGGCUAGCAAAAGCUAGUUUUAGCUAAGAUAUGCUAUUUAUAUUCGUUUAUUAGAUUUAAUCUUAAGUGCGACGUAACUGAGAGCGGACUUGUCAAAUAUAACUUUUUAUAUUCACACUGUUACUCUUAAAUCUAAAAACGAUACUUCGAUGAAACAAAAAUUCACAGUUUAGUAUCAAAUUUAAACACAGUUAAUUAUGAAAAGUAUCAAAAUAGGAAAAUAGCUUUUCCGAUGAAUACUUGCAAUUAACUUGAGUACAUUUCGAGAUGAUUCGAAGUGGAGGAUAUAAGAGGCCGACGACCGUUCUUGUGUUGCAUCAUUAAGUUUCAAUCGUUCAAAGAAGCGGCACCCAUCUUCUGUGUAAACGUGUUAUUCGUCAGCAAAAAAUUCUGUGUUUAAUAAAGUUUUAUAUUUCUACGUAAUUAAAAUGCGUGAGUGUAUAUCUAUUCAUGUCGGUCAAGCUGGCGUCCAAAUUGGAAACGCUUGUUGGGAACUUUAUUGUUUGGAACAUGGAAUACAACCGGAUGGACAAAUGCCAUCAGAUAAGUUUAGUGGCGAUGAUAGCUUUAGCACUUUCUUCAGCGAAACCAGCUCCGGAAAACAUGUGCCUAGAGCAGUAUUUGUUGACUUGGAACCUACAGUAGUUGAUGAGGUUCGAACUGGAACGUACAAGCAUCUUUUCCAUCCAGAACAAUUGAUCACUGGCAAGGAAGAUGCAGCGAAUAAUUAUGCUCGUGGUCACUAUACAAUUGGUAAAGAAAUUGUCGAUCUGGUUAUUGAUCGAAUUCGUAAAUUAGCGGAUCAAUGUACCGGAUUACAGGGAUUUCUUAUCUUUCAUUCGUUCGGUGGUGGUACUGGAUCAGGAUUUGCUUCCCUAUUAAUGGAGCGUCUUUCUGUUGACUAUGGAAAGAAAUCUAAAUUAGAAUUUGCGAUAUAUCCAGCUCCGAGAAUUUCCACGGCAGUUGUUGAACCAUACAAUUCCAUUCUUACCACGCAUACGACUCUCGAGCAUUCAGACUGCGCUUUUAUGGUCGACAAUGAAGCGAUCUACGAUAUCUGUCAACGUAAUCUGGAUAUCGAAAGACCAACUUACACCAAUCUUAAUCGGUUAAUCGGUCAGAUUGUUUCUUCCAUAACAGCUUCGUUGCGAUUUGAUGGUGCUUUAAACGUAGACUUAACCGAGUUUCAAACGAAUUUAGUUCCUUACCCAAGAAUCCAUUUUCCUUUAGUUACGUACGCUCCUGUAAUAUCCGCCGAAAAAGCAUAUCACGAGCAACUCUCGGUCGCGGAAAUCACCAACGCAUGCUUCGAGCCAGCGAAUCAAAUGGUCAAAUGUGAUCCCAGGCACGGAAAAUAUAUGGCUUGUUGCAUGUUGUACAGAGGAGACGUGGUUCCAAAGGACGUAAAUGCUGCAAUCGCUAUUAUUAAAACGAAACGAACGAUACAGUUUGUCGAUUGGUGCCCGACAGGAUUUAAAGUUGGUAUAAAUUAUCAACCACCAACAGCUGUACCAGGUGGAGAUCUAGCUAAAGUACAACGCGCUGUUUGUAUGUUAUCUAAUACAACAGCUAUUGCUGAAGCUUGGGCUCGUCUUGAUCAUAAAUUCGACCUUAUGUACGCUAAAAGAGCUUUCGUUCAUUGGUACGUUGGAGAAGGCAUGGAAGAGGGUGAGUUUUCCGAAGCUCGUGAGGAUCUUGCAGCUCUUGAGAAGGACUACGAAGAGGUUGGGCUAGAUUCGGUUGACGUAGAAACAGAUAAUGCCGACGAAUACUGAAUCGAGCUUAUUUUUCUCAUACUUUUUAGUCCUUUGGUCUAUUCUUCGCUAAUUUUCUCGUUUCACCACUUAACUCUGAUUUUCGCGCUUUUUCCUCAUCUUUUUUAAAACUUCUACUGCCGAGAAAUCUUGUCAGGAACAGAUAUUUUUUAUCUUAACAUAUAUAGUUAAUAAAUUAAUAUUGUAAAGUAUAAUGAUGUAUCAUAAACAGAGAAGAUUGAAAAAUAGUAUGUAAAUGUGACACAUAACGUACUUACAUACAAUAGCUUAAAUAGAGGCGGCACAAGAAGGGAUAAGGAUAUACAUAUUUGGAAUAAAGAAAUUGAAGAUGAAAAUUAUAACACGACGAGGAGUUAUCCCACAUAUUUUCUUGUCAAUCAGAGACGUAUUUCGUUUGUUUCGUUUUAUUGCAUUACACAAACGGGGCUGGGGAGGCAAAAUUAAAUAGCGGAUUAAAUAGUUCAGCGCGACGCUUUAACAAAUUAAAAACGUAAAAACAUUAACAGUACAAUAUAGUUUCUUAUCGUACGUAGACGUAAUGCGAUGGCAGUCUUGAGUCCUGGAAAGAUGCUGUGAUUGUUGCACGGUUAUUUCAAUUUUAAAUUUUCUAUGUUCUAUUUCCUAUUUUCUAUUUUCAUUCGUCUCCGGUAUAUGCAUUUUUUUUAACUCGCUUUGCGAUCUUCGACUCUUCUCUGUCUCGCAGCUUAAUCCUCAUUCGGUAAUAGUUCUUUUAUUUGCGAUAAGCUUUUGCUCGUGGCAGUGUCUGGAAAUAAAAAAUUGAAGGGAAAACCUUUCAUAAAGUACGAUCCAAUAACAACUUAUGUUUCCAUUAUUUAUACUCGUGAUGCAUGUCGAAACAGACAUCGAUUAAACAGUAUGAUUUUCAGAGACUAGUGAACAAAAGACGAGUUACACGCAAUCCCGAAUAAUAACGUGUGACCGUAUAAACACCAUCAUAGCAAUCAUGAUUCUAACUGGCGACUAUAGAAUACGAAAUCUAAGAUUGCUGCAACUAUGCGAAUUACAUUAGCAUUAAUAGCUCUUCUACUCUAUAAUAGUAAUAACAAUAACAAUAAUGAAAAUUAAGAAAGAGAAGGAAGACAUAUUCUCACACAGAAAUUUCUAUCCUACCUUUCUUCUUUGAACUUCUUCUUACGAUUAGUAUUUCCUGGAUACAAAAAAUCUGAUGUAAGUCGCGGUAUAACUAUUCCAAUUAGCAAAAAGAUAAGUGAAAGUUUCGUGUAAAGUGACAAUUUUAUUCCUGUCAUCAAUCAUAACAUAACCUUUCAAACAAAUAUCUGCUAAAAAUGCGACAUUGAUCUACGCAAAGUCAACUGGUUAGAAUCAAUAAUUGUAAAAAAAAAAAGGAAAAAAGAGAAAAGAGAUUAACGCAUGUAUAAUCGAGAAUAAUGAAUGAGGUGGAUAUGAAUAAAGAUACCAAUUCCAAUA